AUGAUGUCCAUGAACAGCAAGCAGCCAGCCUUCGGCAUGCACCAUUCCCUACCUGAGCACAAGUACACUUCGCUGCACUCCAGCUCGGAAGCAAUAAGGAGAGCCUGUCUGCCAACGCCGCCGUUGCAGAACAAUAUCUUCGCCAGUCUGGAUGAAACUUUACUCGCCCGCGCCGAGGCUCUGGCGGCCGUGGAUAUCGCGGUGGCCCAGGGCAAGAGCCACCCGUUCAAGCCGGAUGCCACUUAUCACACCAUGAACACCGUGCCAUGCACUUCUACCUCGACAGUGCCGCUCCCGCACCCCUCAGCCCUGUCCUCCCACCACCACCAUCACCACCACCACCACCACCAGCCGCACCAAAGUUUGGAUCCCGGGGAACUCCUCGAUCACAUCAACUCGUCCUCCCUGACACUGGCCGGGGCCAUGGCCGUAGGACCUGGUUGCCACGACGGCGGCGGCGUUGUCUCCACCUCUUCCCACUCUCACGCAGCGCACAUGCACAGCCUGGGUCCCCUCCAUCACCACCAAGCCACCAUGAACAUGACCCCUCACCCCCACGGGCUGGUCGGGCACGGGGGUGUCUCUGGGAUCCCCUCGCUCAACGACGUGGAUGCAGAUCCCCGGGAGCUGGAAGCUUUCGCCGAGAGGUUCAAACAGCGGAGAAUCAAACUCGGAGUGACCCAGGCCGACGUGGGCAUGGCUUUAGCCAACCUGAAGAUCCCCGGGGUGGGCUCCCUCAGCCAGAGCACCAUCUGCAGGUUCGAGUCCUUGACUUUGUCGCACAACAACAUGAUCGCCCUCAAGCCCAUCCUCCAAGCCUGGCUGGAGGAGGCGGAGGGAGCUCACAGGGAAAAAAUGAAUAAGCCCGAUAUCUUCAACGGCGGCGAGAAGAAAAGGAAAAGAACCUCCAUCGCCGCCCCCGAGAAGCGAUCCCUGGAAGCGUAUUUCGCUGUUCAGCCGAGACCAUCGUCGGAGAAGAUCGCGGCCAUAGCUGAGAAACUGGACCUCAAAAAGAACGUUGUCCGGGUAUGGUUUUGCAAUCAGAGACAGAAGCAGAAAAGGAUGAAAUUUUCAGCAAGUCACUAGUUGGAGGAGAAGAAACGGGAUCCCUUU